AUGUCUACAGUUCUCGUCACUGGAGCUACCGGAUUCAUUGCAGGUCAUGUCGUUGGCGAUCUGCUGGCGUCUGGACACAAGGUCAUUGGCACCAUUCGACAUCUCGACAAGGCUGUCAAGCUGAUGGAGGCCUUCCCAGAGGCCAAUUCGUCCAACCAGCUGCUGUUCGAGACGCUCACCGACAUUCGACACGAAGACGAGCUCAAGCGGAUCUUUGAGAAACACAAGGACAUUUCCGUCGUGAUUCACACUGCCUCGCCCUUCUUCUUCAACUCCAAGAACGUGGUCAAGGAUCUACUCGAGCCGGCCGUCGAGGGUACACGAGCAGUUCUUCAGGCUACCCAAGUUGCAGGCACCAACGUCAACAAGGUUGUGGUCACCUCUUCCAUUGCAGCAAUGCUCGACCCCUUCAAAAAGAACGACCCCAACUAUGUCGCCACAGAAUUCACCUGGAACCCUGUAACUUGGACACAGGCAGCCGACUCCGACGAUGGAGAACUUGCCUACGUGGCCUCCAAGACUUUUGCCGAACGAGAGGCCUGGGACUACGUCGAGCGAAACAAGCCCCGGUACACUCUGACCACCGUCAAUCCUGCUGCAGUGUUUGGACCCCAUGCAACCAAGAUCGACCCCAAGCAGCUCAACACAUCUAAUGAUGUCAUCAACAACCUGGCUCUUGAUACUAAGCCCGGAGACCCACCUUCUGAGUUUGCCUUCGUUUGGGUGGACGUCCGAGAUGUAGCUCGAGCCCAUACUCUGGCUAUCGACCACAAACUCGACAACCGGCGACUACUCCUGUGUAACGGCAAGUUUGCCGCCCAGGACAUUCUCGAUAUCAUCAACAGAGACUUCCCCGAUAUCCGAGGCAAGAUUGCUACUGGAAACCCCGGCACUGGCAAGGAGGUGACAUCCAACAUUUUUAACUACAACAACGACGUGACCCGUCAGGAGCUGCCAACGCUCAAGUGGAUUGGACUCGAGCAGUCCAUUGUGGACUUCACCAAGCAGUACGAGGAGAUUCUGCAUGAGAAGAAGAAGAAGCAUUGGUGGAAUAUUUAG